UCUUGGGACUUGUGAAAUCACCGUAGUGGUAUCGAGUAGGGAAAACCGUGGUUCGCUAGAAGACCUAUCAACCAUGGAAACCUAUUAGUUUUUUUUGUAUUUAUAAAAAAUAAAACAAAGGUGGCUCGUUCAAGUGAGUUGGGUAUUGUUUCAGAUAUCGGCGAAUCUUACGUUGUGUUUCUAGGCUGCCACCAUGCUCAGUUUCCUCCGCCGGACGUUGGGCCGGCGGUCCAUCCGUAAGCAUGCUGAAAAGGCCCGACUGAGAGAGGCCCAGCGGGCUACAACACACAUCCCUGCUGCCGGGGACUCCAAGUCCGUCAUCACCUGCCGCGUGUCACUGCUGGACGGCACUGACGUCAGUGUGGACCUACCGAAAAAAGCCAAAGGUGAGGAGCUGUUUGAGCAGAUCAUGUAUCAUCUGGACAUCAUAGAGAAGGACUACUUUGGACUUCGCUUCAUGGACUCUGCACAAGUGCCGCAUUGGCUUGAUGUUACAAAAAGCAUAAAAAAACAAGUAAAAAUUGGACCUCCAUACUGCCUUCACAUGAGGGUCAAGUUCUACUCCUCAGAACCAAACAACCUCCACGAGGAGUUGACCAGAUAUCUAUUUGUAUUGCAGCUAAAGCAAGAUAUACUCAGUGGCAAGUUAGAAUGUCCAUUCAAUACAGCAGUGGAACUGGCAGCAUUCUCAUUGCAAGCUGAGCUGGGAGACUGUGACCCUGCUGAGCACGCUCUAGACCUGGUGUCUGAGUUCCGCUUCAUGCCUGAGCAGACCGAGGCCAUGGAGCUGGCCAUCUUCAACGCCUGGAAGGAGUGCAGGGGCCAGAUGCCGUCGCAGGCAGAGAUUAACUACUUGAACAAGGCCAAGUGGCUGGAGAUGUAUGGGGUGGACAUGCACAUGGUCAAGGCUCGAGAUGGUAACGAGUACCAGCUAGGACUGACCCCGACUGGAGUUUUGGUGUUUGAAGGAGAGACCAAGAUAGGCCUGUUCUUCUGGCCCAAGAUCACCCGUCUGGACUUUAAGAAGAACAAGCUGACCCUGGUGGUGGUGGAGGAUGAUGGAGAAGGACCUCAGGAGCCUGAAGAGGGUAAAGAGCAGGAGCACACGUUUGUGUUCCGCAUGGACCACCCCAAGGCCUGCAAGCACCUGUGGAAGUGUGCCGUAGAGCACCACGCCUUCUUCCGGCUCCGCGGCCCCGUCCAGAAAGGGUCGACGCGCUCCGGAUUCAUACGCAUGGGGUCACGCUUCCGCUACAGUGGGAAGACGGAGUACCAGACCACCAAGGCCAACAAAGCCAGGAGGUCAGCCUCGUUUGAGAGGAGGCCCAGCCGACGCUACUCCAGGAGGACCAUGCAAAACAGAGGAGCCAACAAGCCCCUAGACCAUAACAAUGGAGUGAACCCCAGCAAAGAUGCUAAGCCGCUCCACAUCAGAAGCCCCUGGUCUCUUCCCGCGGUCAGCCCUGCUUCUUCAGCCUCCACCAGUGGGCCCAUGGAAAUCGAAACCCUCCCCAGGAGUCCUGGUGGUGGCCAAUCGGAGAAGAGGAGCAUGCCCCUCGUGGCUGAUCUCCUGGAGACGUGCAUCGAUGAUGUCAUCCGGACCCCUGUUCCCAUGGCGACAGCAGGCCAGCCUGAGGAUGCUGGGCCAAGCAUGGCCGCCUCCGCCUCUAGCCUCGCUGCGGACGACACAGUCUCUCUUGCCGAGGCGGCAGCACGGCUGAAGCAGCUGGAACUGGACAGUCCCCCGCUCCCAAUCCCCUCCAGACCCAACAUCAACCUCAACAUGAACAUGAACAACCAGGAGGACGUGGUGAAGCUGACUGAGAAGUGUCUGAACAGCGUGGGUAGCACCAGCAGCCCUGUGCUCGCUCCUCUGCGCCCCCCAGAGGACCUAAAGAGCAACAUACUCAAAGCCCAGGUAGAGGCUGCCCUCAAGGGAUCACUGGAGGAGCACGUUGGGGUUGGGGACAAGAACACCAACCUCCAGGAGGCAGCAUCCAGGCUGAAGGUGCGUAGUGGACGAAUGGGCAGCAAUUCCUCCCUGUCUCUGACUGGACGUCCUGAAAAACAGGAGUCAUGGGACCUCUUCAAACCCACACUGCUGACCUCGGCUGGGGCCAGUGUUGAGGUGUUGGCUGAGGACCUCGUGCCAUCAGCACCCAUGAUGCCGUCUGAGGUGCACACUGUGGCUCUGCAAUCCAAGGCCAAAGCUGAGAAUCUGGACCUACCCCCUCUGCAGGCCAUGAUGCUUGACAACCUGAUCGACUUCUCCGACCCCAGCCCAGUGCUACCGCCAGUCCCAGUGCAACCUAAACCCCUGAUAUCACCUCGCUGGAUUGUUCCCUCUGGUGGACCGCCCGUCACCAUCUUUACUAACGGCCUCCUUGACCCCUCUACAAAGACCGGCACCCCUCUCCAACCUGAAGAGGGGGCUCUAGCCUCGGCCCUGCACCCCAACCUCUCCUCUCAAACUCCCAAUGUCACUGGCACCAGGUAAAUCGGUCAUGAUGCGAUGUCAUGGCUGCCUACAUCGCUUUCCCAUAUGGACAUUGGGCUCAGGGUAGCGUGUCUUAGUUGCCGUGUAUUUUUGGGACCAUGUAAUUUCUUUAGGAUGCUGUGUUUUAGGCCAUAUCAUUACUCGUCGUGUCACUAAUUGUCACCUGUAGUAAUUAACAUCCCAUUUAAAUUCAUUAUGGUCCUGAUGAGCUUCCAUAUCUUAUUAUCAGAUGUUUUGAUGCACUGAGUUAUUUUAAUUAUGAUUAAUGUUGUGAACACUAAAAUGAUCUAAGCUUUCUGAGUUUCUCAUUCCAGUAAAAACAGCAGGGAAAUUGAAUGACUGCUUUUACAAACAGUACCCUGGGAAUAAUGUGCGUAGAAUGAUUGGUGGGAACAGUCAGGUGGAGUUUCUUGUCACCGUGUGUAUUCAUGUAUCAUUUUACUGAUUAGCAACACUAUAAUUCUCUAGAAUAUUGCCGUCACGUUACCCCAUGCCGUGUACACUGAAAGGUAGAUGUGUUGUGGGCUUUUAAUUCAGUGUUCUCCUCUUACCAGCACUGUGGCCCAGCCCCCAAAGGAAGUCGGCACCAAGACCAAGGGUCUGUUGACCACUGAGCUCUGAGGGGAAACCAGGGUCAAACAUUUCCUGCUCCUGGAAUUCUCUAACUAAGAGACUACUCUCCGGCCUGAGCACAACAUGAAUCUCCUACUGCAUUCCUAACACUGGGGAGAGUUCCUGCUAUACUCUUCAAAGGCAUUCCUAAGCAAAUUCCCAAACCAGCAUCAAUCAAUAGAUUUUAUUUGGGGAAGGGGAAUUCUUUGAGGGGGAAAAAAAAUCCUUACUUUUUUCCCACCCCUCUCUGCGGUAUCUUGGUACCACAGUUGUGUGACACAACCAGUCCUACAGUACACACAAACCCCUCUGAGAUGUUUUAAAGCAGGAAGGAACUGCGGUAAGUGCGAACAGCACAAGAAGAGGGGCAAGGACAUUAACAGAGGAAACAACGAGGACCACGUCUUAAUCCUGGCAGUUUUUUUCAGCAUACCCUUGGGGGAACAUCCCUUUGUUCAGCAGAGCGCCUGCACAGCGCAUAUGUCCAUUGAAGGCUGCCUACCCAGAACAAGCAUCAGAGCCUAGCCUCUACACUGGACUUCAAACCACUGGAUUCAAUUGGAACACUGGACCUGGACUCUCUUAUAGGACAGACAAUGGCUUUCUAUUGGCAUUUUACUCCUAUUUUGUCUUGUUUUAAAAAGAAAUCAAUACAAAGUCAUUGAUCGAACUGUCUUUUACCGGAAACUUCUACCGAAUGAUUAUGGCGAAAUAUGUAGCAUGCAGGCAUGAAGUGAGCCACACACAAGUUGCAUCUCAAACAUUCUGACGAUUCUUUGUUCAAGUUUUUUUUAAGAAACAAAUAGCUAUGACCUGCCUUAUGACCUGCCUAGCUUUGUUUUUCUGAUUUGCAUAAACCUCCACAAAAUGGAAGUGCUACCACUACAAUUACUCCUACUAUGACUAUUUUGUAGUUUUGUUUAUCAUUCUACCUGCUGUGAGUCCAGUAAUGAAACUAGAGCCUCCCCAUUGUAUGUAUUGAUCGUUUCUCAUGAAGUAGUCUUGACACUGUUUGUCUGGUUGGCAAUGUCAGGUGGGAUGAUGACUUGCAUAGACUGACACAAUCUGGUACGCCGUCUGUUCUUUUCCACACUAAGUUAAUCACAUCUAUUUUCUUUUGUGGAAUGAAUGAGACCAACUGUAUUACUGACUGUAAUAAAAUGUCAUUGUAUUUUGGAUAUUAGACAUCUUGGUAACUCUGCUGGCGGUAGAUCAGAAGUAGAUUUUUUUUUUUUACACAAGACUGAAGGAGGAAUGGUUUUAAAUACUGCUAAUUUGAACGUGAGCUGUGAACAACACCCUUCUCAAUAGGAAAGACUUAAAACACAUUGACUUCAGAAAACACAUUACAGUUGAAAUAAUAAUAUUUUCAUGGUUUUCCUCUGGAAUACUUAGAACCACUUGGCUAUGCUUUGUAGCGAUCAUUUUAUUUUUUGUAUUGUGAAUUAUACAAAGGUAUUUGCCUGGCAAGAACAUUCUUUGCCAUAUAACUGAAUUACGUCUUCAACAGAAAUUGAAGACUUCAUGAUUGAAUAACAAGUGGUAAUGGCUGAACAAAAAAAUGUUUAAGCUCUGUAUCUGAGAUUAUACUUUUCUUAGUUAAGCAUAACAAUUUCUCUGCUGUUUAGAAAUAAAAUGAAACUUCACCAUGUAAGUGCAAUUUUGAUGUAGCUCUCAUACGUUAAUUUAUUCCUCUUUUUUAAGAGCACCCUUAUUCACUGAAUAUUUAAGUGUAUUGUAGAUGUGAAAACUGGUUUAGAUAUUGUCACCACACUGAUUUGUAUCAUGUAUGUACACUGAUUAUUUCUUUUUGAAGGACCUGUAGGCUAGUAUGCCAGUAGCGAUUUUGUACAAAGUAGUACAUUUGAGUAAAGAAUUCUUAUAAGAAA